UCUUCUUUCCUGCUGAACAAUGGGAAAAGAAUCUAAGUGAAAUUUCCAAAUUCUUACAAUUUUUUUCUUUUUAAAUAUAACCACUGGCCUCUGUAUAUUAACAGAUGAAUAGCUUUUCAUGCACCACAACUUCCUUUUCCCUUGUAUGUAUGUAUCACUUCCUCAUCUGCCUCCCCGCAGGUCACAAAAUACACACUACUGUCUCCUCGGAAUAUCAAUGGCGGUGGCAAGACCAGUGUGGGCUGUGGUGGUGCUUGGAUUAUUGGCUAUGGUACAGCAGUCCAUGCAGCAGAGUUUGAGACACCAUCAUGCUGACUUAGCCCACGCCCACGAAACACCCGCUUUCGCCAUCCUUGUUACUUCCACAAACGCUGAGAAGGCACUUAAUGACUCUGGUCUCUUCGUUCCUACUUCCUACAUUGACUUGUUUGGAAGAAGAUUUGUGACCGGAACAAUUCAUGGAGCUAAUGUUGUGUAUGUUAGAACUUCCACCAAUCCAUCAGUAUGAUUCUCUCACUCCAUCUUCCCCUUUUCUUUUUUGCUAAAAAAAGCUUUGAUUUGGAACCGAGUUCUGGAUCGAAAUUGAAACCUAAAAAUUAGUUCGGAUUUUCAUUCUGAUUGUGUCCAAUCUGGCCUGAGAGCUGAACUAGACAAGACCACCACAAUCAGGGCAAGUACCUAUUGCCAUGUCGAAUUAACAUAGCUGCAUAUAGCUGUUAUAUUUUUGGAAUAAAAAAAAAAGCCUUUAAAUAUUCUCGUCGGCUCUUAUCACUUGACAUUUAUGUUGAGAUACAUGUGGCUGUAACUAUGCAAAUCCUUGCUGACAACUUCAAACUUCGAGGGAUUAUUAACUUUGGCAGUGCUGGAGCCACUAACGAAACAUUGAGCAUUGGGAGUGUUUUUGUUCCAAGCCUUAUUACUUUUUCAGGAACUUGGGAAUGGCUGAGCAUGAACUCCUCCUAUAUAGGACAGCUCCAGUUCGGACAAUUCAAUUAUCCAAAAAAUGGUGAAAACUUGCUGGGAAGUGUAAAGUACGGACUAAUAGACGUGUACGAAAAUGGAAGACUAGGGGUGCGACAAUACAUUCCAGAUAGCCAAAGCUGGCUACGGAUUGCCUCUAGAAUUGAGGAGGUGGACUCCGCAGAUGUUGUCAUCGGAUUGAAGUCUUCGAGUUCUGAUAUAUUUGUCAACAACCCAGCAUACAGAGAGUUCCUUUACAAGACUUUCGGGGUUUCAACUGUUGACACAAGCAGCGCUGCUGUUGGAUUGGCGGCAAAGUCAUAUGGUCUGGACUUCAUUGUGUUUCGUGGAGUAUCAAACUAUGCAGGAGCUGGGGAUUCAGCCCAGAGCGCUAGUGAAUUGGCCAAUGCAAAUGCCGUCAAAGCUGUAACUCGAUUCAUUUGGCUGGCAACUGUGCCCCGUUCAGGCAUCUAAUGGUUGUGAUGAUGAUAACAUGUGGCGGUGGGAUAUCCAAUCCGUACUGAUAUUUAAUUCAUCACGGAUUCUGACUCACAAUAAAAUAAGAGCUUCUAUUACAAAUCUGAACAAAAUAAAAAUAUCAGAUUCAUGACAAAUAUCACUACUAUUAUCUAAUAAGUACUAAAUAAGGUUGUGCUAAAUUGCAUUAAUUUUAUAAAAGUUUAACUACUGUGGUAUUUUAGAGUUCUUUUUUUAAUAGGCAUUCUAGUUUAUGUUGUUUUAAAAUAUAACUUAAAUGAUUGUAUAUCAAAUUUAAUGAAAGAGUAAAAGAUUAUAUGUUCAUUCAAAAUUGACAGCUUCUUGUAAUUAAAGGCAAGAGUUAGGGACAAUAUGAUCAUUGUAAGUCACUUAAUGGAACAAUGCUAACUUUGAUUAAACGAAUUUCUAAGAAUUGACUAACGGAAGGACUAAAAUGCUAUGUAUUAUAAAUACGAGGUACUAAAGUUCCUAAUUCUAAAAUAGCAAGGACCAAAGCGGCUAUGAAGGAAAACUUCAAGCAUCACAGUAAUUGUCACAUCACCGUUAUUGUCACAUCUUCAAACUACAAAAUCUCGUUGCCUUAAUCGGUUGCACUGUCCUGCUUCUUCCUUACAGAAAAUCCCCAAAUUGCAACCACCACAUCCCUAAUGUCUAUUUCAGAUGUUCCUAUAAUUGCUUAGAAAGUGAAGGAAACACAUUUUAAAACGCUUCUCAAAUAUACAAAAAAAUUCCUCUAAAAACAAUAUUAUUAUUAAGGUUGAGGGACCUCGAUGGAAGCGCACCCGUAGACUCAAGCACCUGAAUCUCGAUUUCCAGCUAAUUAAAGAUGAGGAGAGUGGAGAGCGUGGUUCAGUUCCAGGAAGUCCAACAAUGCCAUCUGGACCUCCCUCAGCCACGUCGAAAAUUUGAUAAUAGGCGUCACCAAGGGAUAUCGCUACAAGAUACGGUUUGUCUAUGCUCACUUUCCUAUCAAUGUUUCCAUCACGAACUCCAACUUUGCCAUUAAAAUCCUCAACUUCCUUGGUGACAAGCAGAUUGGCGGCUCUAUUACUAAAUUGUGGGAUCAUCUAUGUGCAAAAUAAGCAACCAAGCAACUAAUCCACUCAAGUCUAAAUGAUUACAUUCCUGCUCACAAGAAAGUUUUCAACUGGGAACGAACUUUCAAGUUGAUUGUAUGUACAGGGUUUCAGAUCCCCUUAAACCUGCCAACACGAAAGAGUUUGGAUGAUUCACAUUUCCUCUUUGGCCGUCGGAAAGAACUAAUUAAUGUAGUAGAGGCAUGGCAAUAUAAAUCCAAGUGCAUAUGUGAUGAACAUUACUUGUUGCAGCGGACGCAGUGAGAGUAAUCAUAUCAGCAGGACUUUGAGUAGCCAGACCAGAAUUGACAGCAGAGGCAACAUGGGCUCUGGUUGCACCUACUGAUUCUGCAGCUUCAGCACAUGCACUGGCUAGCAAUGCUGUGGCAUAAGCAACUACAUUGCUGGUUUUCAAGUCUUCAUUAUGUAUAUCCUUGGAUAUUUCCAUACUGGUGGCUGCAAAGCCAGCUAUUGCUGCUGCCAGUUGUGCCACAGACAGGGCAGCAUGUAUUUUGGCUGUGAGAAGUCGUACUUCCUCCUUCUUCUUCUCUCCUCUUCGCCAUUUCAUGAACACACCGGCGAGUGAUUUUUGUCUUAACCAUUCCUUAAUGCGCUUCAAAUUCAUUUA